AUGGCUGCGAAAAGAGUUUCGGACAACGGUCCGAAAGAUACCUCCAGCUCACGAACACGAUCUCUGAGGAAGCGUACGCAAGAGGAAGGAGGAGAUGCAGACAGGUCUCCUAGCAAACGGCCCAAAAGGAGUUCCCCCGCUCCAUCCCGAACAUUGCGAUCCCAGACACAGCGGGGACAAGAAGGAGAAGACGAAGACAUCUCUCCUAGCAAACAGUCUGAGACAAUCCCCCCGACUCCAUCAGAGACAUCAGAAUCCCAGGAGGGGCAGGGACAAGAAGGAGGAGAGGCAGGCAGCUCUCCUAGUAAGCGGGGCAUUACGACUCUCCACACUCCAUCCCAGCCACUACAAUCCCAGGAGGAGCAGAGGCAGGAAGGAGGAGAAGACACAGAAAGCUCUUUCAGAAAUCGACCUAACGCGAGUUUUCCCGCCCCAGCGCAACUAUCAGGAUCCCAAACAAAGCGGCGACAAGAAGGAGAAGAUGCAGAAAAUACUCCUAACAAACGACUCAAGAUGGGCACCUUCCAGCCCCGCCCAUUAUCCCCAGCAUUUAUACUGGAUAGAGACCAGAUCCUGCAUGCGUUCAUGUACGACUUAUAUGAGGUCAACAAAAUACACAACGAAAGUGAAAACAACAAAGUGGCAAGAUUGGACUACGAGGCGCGGUGUAUUUACGCAUCACGGGCCUUAGAAAAGGCCCUUACUUGCACAUUAUGGUCAUUUGAUGAGGCCAACAUGGAUUGCGAGGAGCGAGAAGCGAGCCGACUACGGAUUUUCGCCGAGAACUUCGGCUGGCCCAUGCUUGCGAUAUGUGUACAGGCGGAAGCCUUUCGAAGGCUAUGUAAGGAAGAAAGCACAUUAAUGUGGAAAGCCGUAUAUAGGAAAUUUCAGGAACACAAUUACAAUAUCUGGAUUCAGGCUUCUACGCGUGGUUUUGAAUGGCGCAAAUUGUUGGCGCCAUAUGCGGGGGAUGCUGCUCCACCCAAGCUCAACCAUGUAUUGGCUUCCAGAAAUGAAGCGGAGAAUCUCAGACAUACACAUCCUCAUGAAAUAGUCAUAAAAGAAGAGGAGAGACAAGUUCGCUCACCGAAAUUCCAAAAUCGCUUACAGAAACAUAUCGAAGCUAGCAUUUUUCACCCCAGGGAUUGGCAAACGGCGAAGGAUCCAGAGCAUCGGGGGCUGAAGAAGGAUCCAACCCUGCGAGAAGGCCUUAACUAUGGUCUUUGCGAUCUCUGCGCCGAAGGGAAAAUCUGCGAAUGUCGAAUAAAGGAGGCCCCCUUUGAAUUCGUGCAGUUGGUGGAAACACCCAAGGGUGUCGGGGUACGUGCUCUUACGCGAUUUGAGAAAGGAGAUAUCCUGGGUGAAUAUAUUGGCGAGCUCCAUCCACCUUGCUACCAAGGUGACCUCAUAUAUGCGCUUACCAUGCAGGGUAAAGUCGACGUAGAUGAGGAAAUUGCUCUAAUUUGCCCGAUGGAAUAUGGGAAUUUCACUCGGUUUAUCAACCACUCCUGCAGGCCCAAUACAACUUUUGAACGGCGGACAAUUGGGAACCGGGCAACGAUGACCGUGGAGGUCGUGCGGAAUAUCCAACCUUUUGAGGAACUCACGAUUAACUAUGGCCGGGAAUAUUGGAAAGGUCGAACAUGUAUUUGUGGAGAGGAAGGGUGUUACACUCAGCAAGAGAGGAGGAAAAAACGGCAACAGGAACGGGAGAUGGAACGGCGAAAGCAAAGGGAUAUGCAACUUGAAGCAUCUAAGAAUGUUGCAGAGGAAGUGGACAAAGAUAAAGAAGAAUGUUUAGCCAAGGAGGUUAAUGAGGAAGAGGCAGAAGCAGCAGCAGCAGCAGCAGAAGAAGAACAGACCGAUGAAGAAGAAGCCGACGAAGAAGAAACCGACGAAGAAGAAACCGACGAAGAAGAGACCGAAGAAGAAGAGGCUGGAGAAGAAGAGGUCGAAGAAAGGCCACCAAACAAGAAACCCGAAGAAGCAAAAGCAUCAUCAAGGAAGUGGUCAAAAGGAGGAUCAUCAUUGGAAGCAGAAGAAGGCCCAUCAAAGAGUAAGCCCAAAGAAAAGAUAGCAUCAUCGAAAGUUGGGAAAGGAUAG